AUGGCAUCCAAGAUUGCCCCCUUCGUGUUCCGGACUGCUGCCCGACCUGCGCGGAUAGCUUCACGAUCCCACAUUCGCUCUUUUACCGCCAGCCCGAGAGUUACCAGCGAUGCCCUCCAAGUCCAUCGAGAUACCCCCGUCAAUAAUGCCAGCAUUCCUUUCAAGUUCACCGAGCAGAACAACAAGCUCGUCGACGAGAUCCUUAAGCGCUACCCUCCCCAGUACAAGAAGGCGGCUGUGAUGCCACUUCUCGACCUUGGACAACGGCAACAUGGCUUCUGCAGUUUGAGUGUAAUGAAUGAGGUGGCACGGAUGUUGGAGAUGCCUCCCAUGCGUGUUUAUGAGGUUGCUACCUUCUACACAAUGUACAACCGGGAUCCAGUGGGGAAGUGGCACAUUCAGGCCUGCACAACGACGCCUUGUCAACUCGGAGGAUGCGGCAGCGACGCAAUUGUUAAAACGAUUUCAGAGCACUUGGGCAUCAAGGCCGGGCAAACCACCAAGGAUGGACUCUUUACCUUUGUCGAAGUCGAAUGCCUUGGUGCCUGCGUCAAUGCACCGAUGGUUCAGAUCAAUGACGAUUUCUACGAAGACCUGACCCCCGAGAGCACAAUCUCACUAUUGACUGCCCUGCAAGAGAGCGCGAAUUCCGUGGAGACGACCGCAUCUAGCCAAGGUGCUGAGGCAGGCACGGGAGCCCUUACUGGAGAGGACAAGAACGUAAAGAGCGGAGCGGAUGUUGGGAAGGAUGCUGGAAGGAUAUACAAGAAGGGGGGUAUCCCCAUUCCGGCACCGGGUCCUAUGAGUGGACGAAAGACUUGUGAGAACAGCGCGGGAUUAACGAACUUGACGAGCGAGCCGUGGUCGACAGAGGUUUUCCGUAAGGACCUAUAG